GCGUGGCUCCGGCAGCGCAAGAACAGCUGGUGUCUCCGAAAGCGGCCGGCGAGUGGACGGCGGUGGGGCGCUCGUGGCCCGCCGCGCCACGCUGCGGGAGCCGCCGCCGCCGCCGCCGCCUGGGGCCACUGCACCAUGUCGAGCCAGCUGGAGGGCUGCGAGCGCGAGUGGCACGAGCUGGAGGGAGAAUUUCAGGAACUGCAGGAGACGCACAGGAUCUACAGGCAGAAGCUGGAGGAGCUGACUGCGCUGCAGACCUCGUGCAGCAGCUCCAUCAGCAAGCAGAAGACGCGGCUGAAGACCCUGAAGCGCACGCUCCAGAGGUACCGGCGCCAUGCCAGUCGGGAGGAGGCAGAGCUGGUUCAGCAGAUCGAUGCCAACAUCAAGGAGCGGCAGAACCUCUUCUUCGACAUGGAGGCCUACCUGCCCAAGAAGAACGGGCUCUACUUGAAUCUGGUCCUUGGCAACGUAAACGUGACCCUUCUCAGCAACCAGGCCAAAUUUGCCUAUAAAGACGAGUAUGAGAAGUUCAAGCUUUACCUGACCAUCAUUCUGCUCCUGGGUGCUGUGGCCUGUCGCUUUGUCCUGUUCUACAGGGUAACGGACGAAGUCUUUAACUUCCUGCUCGUGUGGUAUUACUGCACCCUGACAAUCCGGGAGAGUAUUCUCAUCAGCAAUGGCUCAAGAAAUGGAUCCUUUGGGGCUGACCUCAGCGAUCUCUCAGGGCAGACCUCUGCUCUGCCGGGCCUUACCCUGAAUGCACAGCCUGGAGGUAAGGGCCAGGGAAUGGCAGUUCUCAGGUGCGCGGUCCUGUGGCCCGUAGCCUCUGAGAGGAGAUCAGUGUUUCUCAGGCCGCACCCGUUCCUGUCCUGUCCCCGCCAUCUUUGUCAUGUCCUGUACCUCCUGGGGGACGAUUUCCCCACCCUUCAAAUCAACCAUCUCUUUCUCUCCCUGUGUUUUUUUUUAAAUUAAUUAUUUAUUUAUUUUUAGAGAGAGGGGAAGGGAAGGAGAGAGUGGGAGAGAAACAUCAAUGUGUGGUUGCCCCUCAUGUGUCCCCUGCUGGGAACUGGCCUGCAACCCAGGCAUGUGCCCUGACUGGGAAUCAAACCGGCAACCCUUUGCUUCACAGGCCCAUGCUCAAUCCACUGAGCUACACCAGCCAGGGCUCUCUCCCUGUUGUUGUUGUUUUUUCCUUAAAUAUGUAUUUAUUUUAAGAGGAAACUUUGUUUCACCAUAUUACAUGGAAAACCAGCAUGAAUUGCAGGAAAAAGGAAGUAGUAUAAAAACACAGCUUUGUUUCCAUUGUCUAAUUCACCGAAGACUCCGGCCCGAGGCCUGCAGUCUCUCCUGUGUGUGUCCACGUGUAGAGUGGGAGACAGGCUGAUCUCGAGAGGCGUUAAAAAUGAGGUACUAGCGUCUCACCCAGACUCAAUCCUUGACUUAAUCAGGGGAAUGGAGAGAGAAUGUGGUGUCCUCUAUAGUUACACUCGAGUGUCAUAUAAAACUUGGCAACACACGCCCCAGGCUUUGGGAAACACUGAAUUAGAAAAUCUUAUUCCAUAAGUAACAUUCAUGACUUUCCUUAAUUUUAGUGAGUAGUAUCUUUCUGCUUUGGGGAGGGUAGCAAGGUAGUGUAUAGAGGGGCAGUGAGGCCUGGGCAUUUGGCAAGUUAUCCCGGUUACUAAUUCUCUCCCUGCGCUGUGGGCUCGCUGUCGGCCUGGGGGUUUCGUCCUCCUGAUGGACUCAGUUAAGAGGGGUCCAGGGCAUGCUGGGUCUCUAAUGGCCACUGACACUUUAGUAAAAGUUACUCCAGUCAGCUCUUUUUCUAGGAUGCUGAGCUGUGGAUAGGGGUGGGGGGGGUAGCAGAGAGACGGAAGCAGGACUGAGUGCAGGUGCCUGUAAGUGUGGGCACACCAGGAAAUUGGGAGGGGCAUAGAGGGAGGGAGUGGGGCUCCAAAGCCAAGCGUUAUUUGCCUAACGCAUUAGCAGGGGCUUUUCCAGAGCCCGCGCUCUGCCCGGACAGCAGGAAGUGUUGUCAUUGAGUGUGUGUUGCAGGGCUUUGUGGGUGGGUCCCCUCUGUUCCUCUCCAUCAUUCUUUGCAAUGUUUAUCGAGCAUCUCUUGGCUGUAGGACACUGAGCUAGCUAGGGACUCCAAGGUAGCUCACACUCUGGUGCCUUUUGGGGGCAUUCGUAGAGUGUUUUGAAAGGCCCAUUCAUGGCACAUGUCACUCAGGAAUCUCCCGUUGUGAUGGCAUCACUCCUCCAGGCCUGUGCUGUACCACCGGGACCUGGGCAGGGGUCUGGAUGCCGCGUUCGUGGGGAGUCUGGAAUGGGAGUGGUGGGCCCAGCCCGGUGCCUCAUCUUUUGGAAUGACUGCGGGAGCAGUGGCCAGAUCUGGGUGACCAAACCUGGUGACUGACUCAUCCUCGACAUGUUAUCCUCCAUCCUGCCCAGCUCCUCCUCGAGCUGAUUUCUCUGGGAAGCGGGCAAGGGAGACCGAUGCCUUGGAGGGUUUCCCUCACACUGGGCCCUCUCCAGGGAAGAGCUAGGAAACCAGCAGCUAGGAGAGCAUAGUGAGGGGGAGGUUGGGGUCCAAGUUGGAAUGAACUCUACCUUUCUCUUCGCUGAAGCGUCCCAGGGCCCACUCAGGAGCUCAGUGUUGCCACCCAGCGAAUGCCCCAUGGUUUGUCUAAAUGAAUUCAGCUUGAGCUCUGCAGUCAGUCGGGGCCCUCGGCGCCAUGCCGGUGUUCUCAGGACAGGUGCACUUGAGCCAUGUGGGCUUCCUGGAGUCUUGGUGUCCUGUCUUGGUCUGACUGAGCCUCUUUCAUUCUGUUCCCCAUUGCACUUGAGACCUGAGUUUCGGGCAUGGUCAGGGAAGCAAGCCUAGAGAGGUGGGGGAGGAGGGGGACUCCCCCAUUUCGGGAUGGAGCCACCCUUUCUUUGUGUCUCAUGGGUCCCAUGUGAGAAGCAGCUCAUUAGCUUGGUUCAGGCAACAAGCAACUCAACUUACCUUGCAGAUUUUGCAGGUGAUGGAAAACCACCUGAUAGGAGUAAACAUAAAAGGGAUUUAUGGGAGCAUAUAAAUAGUUCUGAAAGGUAAAAGGGCUCAGUGUGAACAGAUCCCCCUCCUUCUCCCUCUUCUGCUACCCCUGGAACCUGCUCCCAGCAGCCUAGGUCAGCAUCCCACUGGAUCAGAAACGCCAUAGCUCUUGCCUUCACAAAUGUAGCUGUAAUCUUGAGACAGACUUCUGAUUGGCUAGGCUUGGGUCACAUGCUCAUCCCUGAGCCAAUCUCUGUGACUGGAGUGAUACAGAGCCCUGACUGGCUCUGGGUCAUGUGCCCAGGUAUAUUACUCAGCUCCACCCGGCCAUCCAGACUGGGUGUAGGGGCGAGCUGGUUCUCAGAAAGAAAGCUGAGGCCUGGAACCAGCAUGGGGGUGAUUGACAGGCAGGCAAAACAGCAGAUGUCUCCUGCAGUUAGCUCUGGGCCAGAAUAAGUAAUAAAUCAGGGAUCAUACUCGUUUUCCUGGCUAGCCAGCCCAUGGGCACGUGGCUCUAACAAGCUUUUACAGGGACCAUUCCUGGGAUGCUGAGGCGUAGUGGUGGCAGGCAAGGGACGGAUGCUCGGUGUAGAAGCCAUUCCGCCAACUACCCGGAUUACCCAAAGCGCAAAGCCAGGAACGGCCGGGGCAUGAAUGGUGACUGGUGCACGUGCGUCUUGUGCGUGUGCGCAGACGUGGCCAAGGCGCCCUGCGGGGAGGGCCGGGGUCUUCUUGGGCACCUUCCUGGGCACCAUCCCCAGCUGCCAGGCCUUGCCGUCCCUGCCGUCCGGCAGGGGUGCCACACUCUUCCUCGGGUAGCUCCCGUCUGCUCGUGAAGAGGCUGCCGAAAACAGGCCCUGCCUAAAAACAUUUCUGUCUAAAACAGGCCCAGACUGCCCCUGGGUGCAGGUUUCCUUUUGGGGUGACAAACGUGUCCUAAAACUGAUUGUGGUUACAGUUGCACAGCUCUGGGAGUCUGUGUAUUUUUAAAGAUUUUGUUUAUUUAUUUUUAGAGAGAGGGGAAGGGAGGGAGGAAGGGGAGAGGGAGAGAAACAUCGGUUGGCUGCCUCUCACACAUCCCCAGCCAGGGACCUGGCCUGCAACCCAGGCAUGUGCCCUGACUGGGUUUCAAACUGGUGACCUUUCCGUUUGUAGUGUGGCACUCAGUCCACUGAGCCAGGGCUGUGAAUGUGUAUUUUAAAUGAGUGAACUGUAUGAUAUCUGAAUUACAUCACAAUAAAAAUGUUAUAUAUAGCCCUGACUGGUGUAGCUCAGUGGAUUGAGCACGGGCCCGCGAACCACAUGAUUGCGGUUCGAUUCCCAGUCAGGGCACAUGCCUGGGUUGCAGGCCAGUUCCCAGCAGGGGACACAUGAGAGGCAACCAUACAUUGAUAUUUCUCUCCCUCUCUCCUUCCCUUCCCCUCUAAAGAAAAAUAAAUAAAAUCUUUUUAAAAAUGUUAUAUAAACACAUGCAUAAAACUUGCCCAGAGCCCUGGGGUGUGCAGGUGGACGAUGGGGCUGGGGAAGAAGUGACUUCCAGCCACUCCCAGUGCCACGGAGCUGUGUUUAUUGGUGGCAGCUGUCACUGCUGGGCUCUGUGCACAGCACGCUGUGGAGUUAGAAGCUGCUGCUCAGCCGAGCUUGUCGCCCAGAACCUGUGUCCACUCAGGAGAGUGGAUGUAGCACAAAGGGGCCUGGACUUGCGGAGACCCCAGGCCUUGUGUGUGGCUUUGCAGAGACCUGGGAAGGUUCCGGCGAGGCUUCCUGGGUGCUCUUCAAGCUAAAAGUCUGAGGACGUGGCCACCAGGCUUUUCUAUCAGAAAAUCAGUGCCCGGGCCUGACAGAGCCCGACAGACAGGGCAGGGUCAGGAGGAGGGAGAAGGAACCAAGAAGUAAGUGGACGUCUUAUCUCAUCCCACGGGCUCUCGUGGCGCCUGCAACCGGCUCCCGUCCCCUCUCUGCUGGUGGCCUGCAGACCAGCUAUGGCUUUCACCAGCUGCACCUCCUGUGCACAUCUUUAUUCAUGUCAACAUUUAUGUAGUUCCUACUGUUUACCUGGUGCUGUGAGUGCUGGGAAUAAAGGAAGAAGCCUUGUCCAUCACCAUAACCCUUGAGGAACCCUCAGGCCGUCGUCUGCCCGCCUUGUGUACGUCCAGAACUAUCAGGGCUGCACGGAGAUGGAGGGAUGAGGAAGGGCCAGUCCCCACUCUCAGGAUGUCUCCGUUCUGGCGGCGGUUGGGGGGGGUGCAUUUCAAAUCACCCAAACCCACAGAUAAGGAAAUGCAAAUGGAAACCUCAGUGACACCAUUUUUCACCCAAUAAGUUGGGCAGAAAUUUUUAAAUUUUGUAUCAGGCCUUGGUGAGGGUUUGGGGACCCCAAUGCCCCCCCCUACAGCCGACGGGAGUGUCAGUUGGGAUAGUGAUUUUGGAAGAUGCUUUGACAAGUAACGCACACACCCUCUGAGCCAACCAUCCCACUUCUUGGAGAAACCGGCACCACACGAGGGGACUCCCAGAGGCAUGUCUUGGCAGCAUCGAGGGCGAUAGUGACUGUUGAGGAACAGCCGAGCAGACUCUGGCACAGCGACACCCUGAAAUGUCACGUGGCGUUUCAGACACUAGCAACCGCCCUGAAGGUACUAGCCUGGAAAUCCAGGGGGGAAGGCCAGUUGCGGGACGACGGAAGUCUGACCUGGCAGUGCAUCCCCCAAACCAGCGGAUCCUGGGCUCCUCCUCGUGAGCAGCAGCGCCCGGAACCCCAUCUUCUCACGGGGCCCCAUGGCAGAGAGAGCGAGAGAGAUGGUUUGUUCUGGAGGGACGUAGCUGGAUUACACCUACAGAUGCCUCUGCUGCUCAGUCCUUGGGGGGAAGGACCCUGGCUCCUCCCAGGCUGCCUUUGGCAAAGCACCUCCCUGCCACGUGGUGUUCAGGUAACUGAGCUCCCAGAGAGGGGCUGGGGAAGGCCAGCUGAGGCCUGAGACAAACUCAGGGACUUUGAAGGGCAAAGGUGUUUGGGUGCAGCAUUCCUCCUGGGCCGCCCCCAGCACCGAGGAGGGGUGGCAACCAGGGUCCCUCCCCUGCUGCGGAGUGAGGGCCUUGAGCUUGGGGAACGCCGGGUUCUGACAGCAGAGUUCCCCCAGCCUCUAGACUGGACGAGUGAAGCCCAGGAUUGGGCAAGGGCCGGCUGUCGAUGGAGCAGCUGACGCGUCGGCGCGUGGGGCCCCCUGGGAACAGCUGCGUCUGAGGUGCUGUGAUGCUGUGUGGGCGGUCCGUCACUCCUCCGUUUCUGUCCGGGGUAAUGCAGGUGGCUGCUGCUGUGUGUAAAUGUGCGUGCGUGUGUGCAUGUGUGUGUGUGUGUGUGGUCUGUGUCUAUUCAACACACUUACUGAGCUCCUGCCCUGAGCAGGGGCGUCACUGAAGCACAUUGACAAGACCCCUGCUCUUCAGGGAUUGAUGUCUGAGUGGAGGAGGGUGUUCAGAACACAAAUGAGGAAAAAUAAUCAUCUCAGACACUGGUGAGCACCAUGGAGAAGGUGAAACAGGAUAAUGUGGUCCAGAGUGGGCUGUCUGGCUGAUUUAGAUAAGAGGGUCAGGGAAGGUCUUGGAGGAGGUGACAGGCAAACUUGAAUUUGGACCAGGAGCCAGACAGGCCACGGCCUGGGAGCAGAGAGAACAGCAAGUACAGAGGCUCUGCUGGUCAGCUCGGCCACCACCCUGACAAGACACAGAGUGGGCAGCGCACACAGCAGAAGUUCUGGAGUCUGGAAGGCCAAGGCCAAGGGCCCAGCGGGGUGGGUUUCUCCUGAGGCUGCCUUGGCUUGCAGACAGCCCCUGCGUCCUCACGGGGCCUUUUCUUCAUGAGCACACACACUCCUCUUGUGUCUCCACUUCUUAUAAGGACACUGGUGUUCUUGGAUGGGGGCCCAUCCUCAUGACCUCAUUCAGCCUUAGUGACCUGUUUAAAGGCCCCGUCUCUGAGUACAGUCACAUGGGGGACUGGGGCUUCAAUCCAGGUGUUUGGGACCGCACUACUGAGCCCGGCCCAGGUCAGAUGGAGAGGUAGAGUGGUUCAAGGAGGAGAGGAAGGGAGGUGGGGCUUGCAGUGGGGGUGAGGUUGGGGCUGCGUCCUCCGGGCAGCUGGAAGCCACAGGGGCCAUGUGUUUCUGUGGGUCUCAUGGCUCCUGGCUGAGGGCUCGUGGGUGGGUGUGCGUGUCCGUAGGACAGGGAGAAGGGGAGCCCCCUCUCGCAGGCUGGGAAGCUGGGAGGCGCCUGUGUUUCUCUUCCUGCCUGAGCUUUCCCUUCCCUCGUUCUC